CAAUAAUCAAAACGUAAUUACAGAAGUUGAUUUUUUGUCUUCUAAGUUUUAUUUAUCAAAUACAAUAAAUACUGAUAUUUUUGCUGACAAUUCUUUAAAUAUACUGUAUUAUUUGCUUUCGAUAUCUUGAGUUAUGGAAGUUGAAGGUUCUGCAUGCAUUCCACCAAAUACUGAAACUAAUAUUCCAGGACCAAGUUCUCCAUCAGCAUUGACAGGUUUACCUCGUAUAGAUGAAGCUGAAUCUGAUCCAGCCCCUCCAAAAGAGAGGUUUUUCAGUCUUUUGGAUCAGUUAGAAAAUCAUGUAGAACGUUUAAGAAGAGAGGCUGCUCGACUGGAAGAGGAAAGAGAUGGAUUGCUUGCAACACUUGAUUCUUUGAAAAAUUCAGAGAGCAUGAGUGACUUAGAUGAAUAUGAGAAAGAUGAGGUAAUUCGUUACUGUGACAGAGUUUUAUCUCGAUGUCACACAAUAGAACUGACAAUUCGGACAAAUAGAGAUAUACAACAGGAAGAAGCAUUACAUCAGGUAAAUGCCAUUAUUGACAACAUUGUACUGACUGCCAGAUCAAAUUGGAAUGAAUCUAGAACCAAAUGUGAAUCAUUCCUAAAUGCUUGCAUUUCGCAACCUGGUGGGCCAGUAGACAAAACAUUUGAGAAAGUUAUUUUGGGCUGUGCGUUAGAUGAUCAGAAAAAGAUUAAAAAACGUUUACAGGGUUUGAUUGAUUAUUUUGAUAAAAUGAGUCAAAUGUAAUUAUUUUUUAAUUAUAAAAAACUACAUUCCUUAUAAAACAAAAUAUAUUUUUAUGUGAUGUAUUUAACGAAUCUUGAAGUAACUUUCUUGUAUCACUUUACUCCAAAGAUGUUUUUU